UCCCAGCUCCUCCCUCGCUCACGCGCGGCAUCACGCCGGCUGGCUGGCGAGUGUCGACUCCUCCAGUUCAUACCGCCGCCGCGCGCCCACGCCCCACCUCGCCGUUACCUUCCUUCCACGGCGACCCCUCCGCGGGCGAGAGCCAAAACUGGCAACGGCAUUCCUAUAAGAAUGCGCGCCUGCUCUGGCCGACGCCCUCCACCCGCAUUCCCCGUUCCGCUAAACCCUAGCCGUCUCCGGCGUGUAGAUCCAUCAGUGGCGACGCUUUCCGGUCCCGAGCAGAGAUGGCCGCCCCGAACUCCCUCCAGCUCGCCGCCGCCCCGGGGGCCGAUCCCGCAGCACAGCAGCAAGCUGCGGUGACCGCGCCGCAGUCGCCGCGAGGCGCUUACGGGUUCGCCGCGGCGGCGGCGCCGAAGCAGGGCGCGACAAUGCUGGCCCCGCCGUCCCCGCAAGGCGCUCCCGGGUUCGCGGUGGUGCCUCAGGGGGGCGCGCACGCGGUGGCGGCGCCCGGGUCCCCGCAGGGUCCUCCCGGGUUCUGGCUGGCGCCUCAGCAGGGCGCGCCGGCGCCACCGCAAGGUGCUCCCGUGAUGGCGCCGCCGCAGGGCGUAACAAUGGUGGCCCCACAACAGCAGCAUUUCGCGCCUGUGCUGGUGCCCGGCUCCCAGCAAGGUAUGCAGAUGGCCAUUCAAGCGGCGUCCAUGGGCAUGAUGAUGGCCUCGAUGUCCCAGCAAGCCCAAGCACAGGCCAUGGCGGCACACCAGCAAGCGCAAGGCAUGGUGCAAUCCCAGUCUCCCGCUCUGCCCAUGAUGCAGAUGCAGCAAGCUCAAGCAGGAGACAUGAUGGUAACUCCACCUCUGCCACUCGGCCCUCCGCCAUUGAUGCAGCAGCUUUCACAGGCUGAUCCAGCGAUGAUGGCACAACCCCCUCUGCCGCUUGGGCCCCCACCUGCGAUGCUGCAGCAACAGCCUGCACAGGGGGGGUCGGUGAUGAUGGCACAGGCACCUCUACCAUUCAGCCCUCCAUCGGUGUUGCUGCAACAGCAUUCACAGGGACAGGGCAACCAGAUGAUGAUGGGACAGCCGCAAUUGUCUGCUCUGCCAUGCAAGCGCCAGCGUGUUGACCAAUGCGACAACCCUUAUGGACAGCAUACGACGGGCCAUCAGCAGGAAACAGCAAUAUUCAAUGCAUCAAUGGGACAAUCUUUUGGGUCUAACUUACACAAUGAGUUUGCUUCUUUUGGUGCGUCUAUGCCCUCUCUUCCUAAAGAUGCAACAAGCACCAUUUAUGUUGACGGUCUCCCUACAAACACUACUAGACGGGAAGUUGCACAUAUCUUUCGCCAAUAUAUGGGGUACCGCGAAGUGAGACUGGUCAACAAAGGGUCUAGUAGACAUUUAAUAUGCUUUGUUGAUUUUGCCACUCCUGCACAUGCUUUUCUCGCUAUGAGAACUCUUCAAGGUUAUAAGUUUGACGAACAGGAUCAUCAUUCACGCAAUUUGAACCUGCAGUUCUCCCACUCUCCUCGUAUGGUGGGCUCACAUGGCCGGUGCUAGGCACUAAAUUGUGUGGGUCUGGUUUUUGUUCUACACCAUCCUGAUAUCUUGACCUGGCAGGCGGUAGCCAAUCUUGCUUCUGUUAGCCCAUGAGCAGGAAAGAACAAUUUGACUCUGUUUCAGGCCUUGCCUUAUAUAUAUAAUGAACCUAUGUUACAACUGACAUCAGUAGUUAACUGCUGAAGGUUGACUUGCUAUAUGAUAUGCUAUAGUUAUUGUGGAGCAUUGUAACAGCAAGUAUGUUGCAGUGAACUCAUACUCUUUUAGAACCUGCUAGUAAGUUUGGAUGACUUGUGUUUUUGUUGGUUCUGAUGUUCUUCAGUCGUCCGCUGUUUACUUGGUAUUGCUCAGCUAGUAGAUUGAGGUUAUCUGGCACGAUUGAUGCUAGUUGUAAUUGCCAGGCUCGUUUUGUUGUAAAUGAAUUCCUGAUAACUGGAUGGUGGCAUCACUUUAUAUAUGUACUGGCAGGACGGCACCUUGUCAUGCUUUGUACUAAUCCAA